ACACUGUUGUUAUGACUGGUGCUUGGCUGCGGGACAAACUUCCAGAGGCCUCGGCAUUUUUUUCUAAUCCAUUUCAUUGGUCGGUUUCAACGAGGAAAUGUGGCUCCAUUUUGCUGUGAACCUGUCAAACGGACCAGGAGCUAAUAUUUAAUCAACGCUUGAGGGCAGCUUUCACCUUUUGCAAAACACGAGGUGUUUGGUGCUUUUGAAAAAUAGGGGCAGAGAGUUCUUGCUUAGGACAACGGAGCUAUGAUGUGCAUCUGAGGACAUCUUGAUCACAUGGGCUCCUAUCCUGUGCUGACCCAAUGGUUUAAUCACCAGGACUAAAAAUGAGCAUAAGCAGUGAUGAAGUCAAUUUUCUGGUUUACAGAUACCUGCAAGAGUCAGGCUUCUCUCACUCAGCAUUCACCUUUGGCAUAGAGAGCCACAUCAGCCAGUCUAACAUCAAUGGAGCCCUGGUGCCCCCUGCUGCCCUCAUCUCCAUCAUCCAGAAGGGCCUGCAGUAUGUGGAGGCUGAAGUCAGCAUCAAUGAGGACGGGACAUUAUUUGACGGGCGGCCCAUUGAGUCGCUAUCUCUGAUUGAUGCUGUGAUGCCAGAUGUAGUCCAAACCAGGCAGCAGGCCUACAGGGACAAGCUGGCCCAGCAACAGGCGGCAGGCAGUGGCAGCGGCACAGGGCCCCAGGGAAGCACCAAGAAUGGAGAGGGCGCUGCCAACGGGGAGGAAAAUGGAUCCCACGCCUUAGCUAAUCACCACUCAGAGAUGAUGGAGGUGGACAGGGAUGUGGAGAUCCCUCAGAGUAAAGCCAUGGUGCUGAGGGGCCACGAAUCCGAAGUUUUUAUCUGUGCCUGGAACCCAGUAAAUGACCUCCUCGCCUCCGGGUCUGGGGACUCGACAGCACGGAUCUGGAACCUGAGUGAGAACAGCACAGGCGGGUCCACCCAGCUGGUUCUGAGGCACUGCAUACGGGAAGGGGGCCAGGACGUACCCAGCAACAAAGACGUCACCUCACUAGACUGGAAUAGCGAGGGAACGUUGCUAGCAACAGGCUCAUAUGAUGGCUUUGCUAGAAUAUGGACAAAAGACGGUAACCUGGCCAGUACUUUGGGUCAGCAUAAAGGCCCUAUAUUUGCACUUAAGUGGAAUAAGAAAGGAAACUUCAUCCUCAGUGCUGGUGUAGACAAGACCACAAUUAUUUGGGACGCCCAUACAGGAGAGGCGAAACAACAAUUUCCUUUCCACUCGGCACCUGCUCUGGACGUAGACUGGCAGAGCAACAACACGUUUGCCUCCUGCAGCACAGACAUGUGCAUCCAUGUGUGUAAGCUGGGUCAGGACAGACCUGUCAAGACCUUCCAGGGACACACGAAUGAGGUGAACGCCAUCAAGUGGGAUCCCACUGGCAGCUUGCUGGCCUCCUGCUCAGAUGACAUGACACUGAAGAUCUGGAGUAUGAAGCAGGACUCGUGUGUCCAUGACCUCCAGGCCCACAGUAAAGAAAUCUACACCAUCAAGUGGAGCCCCACAGGCCCCGGGACCAAUAACCCUAGCGCCAACCUCAUGCUGGCCAGCGCAUCAUUUGACUCCACGGUGCGUCUGUGGGACGUGGAGCGCGGGGUGUGUAUCCACACACUGACCCGCCACCAGGAGCCCGUCUACAGCGUGGCCUUCAGCCCCGAUGGUAGGCACCUCGCCAGUGGCUCCUUCGACAAGUGUGUCCACAUCUGGAACACUCAGACGGGUGCUUUAGUCCACAGCUACCGGGGGACAGGAGGGAUCUUCGAGGUGUGCUGGAACGCCACAGGGGACAAAGUAGGAGCUAGCGCGUCAGAUGGAUCGGUUUGCGUAUUAGACCUGAGGAAAUGACACUCAUCUUGGGGAGCCAUGGACCGACUACGAAUGUGUACAUAGCCAAAAUGACUGACUGUCCCUGCCUGUCCGCCACACUGCUGUAGUCCCAUCAGAUGCCAUGGCCCGCAAUUACAGCCAAAUGGAGUGCUUUCUCCCUUCGUCAUAUGUAUGUACCCACAAGGACCACACCUUCGCCACAUACAGUUCUUAUGCACAUGCGUCAGACAUACAUCAGGUCUGUAUGGACACCUGUGCUGCUCUCACAGACCUGCAGGAGGAAACAUUUCUCUGUUGUCACACAGUACAAACUUGUUGGACCCAUCACAUGCAAACCAAAACACCAGGAUUCUUCUCGCUUUCCUCUUUUUAUCCUUUGUACCAGAAUUCUGAAGAUUUUUAGUUCUCUGUUGGUGUGUGCAUAUUGCAUAUGUCAGCAUUUGGUGUCCUGUGGACAUUGUUGUUUUAAAUUUGGAUUUUACUGAUAUCUGCAGGUUUUAUAUUACAUGUGGGGUGGGAGAGAAGAGGGGCGGCGGGUUGAGUUAUUUGUCUUUUACAAUGGGUGUUGAAAGCUCCACGUUGGAAGAUCCAUUCAUCCACGUCUUGGCAGUCUUUAAGGUUAAAAAUGCAGAAGUAUAGCUUAGAAAAUGAAAAUGUUUUUUUAAUUGUGUCACAUCUAUUUUUAUUAUCCCAUAGGUUUGGUCCAUUUUUUUUUUAACAAAGCAUAAAGCGGUGAAUCAGAGACUGAACUGUCCUUUUGUUUUUGCAACUUUUAUCCUCAGAAAUGGUAUUCAGGUGUUCACAAUACAUCAGGUUAAUACAGAGCUCUAAAGAAUUCAAAACCUCUAGGCUGAAAGAUAAUCUUUGUAGCUGUUAAACACCAUCUCGAUCUCGUUCUAACAGUGUGCUGGGCAGAAAGACAUCAACGGCGUUGUGCAGUCAGCUUCCAAGUUUCCGUCACUGAGCUCGUCCCCGAUCUGUGUCUCAAGCUUACGAAUAGCAGCGGCUGUGCCCUUGUGUCAGUAGUGAGGUAACAUGGCACAGAAAUAGGUUGCUUUCUGGCGUCGUGCAGCUCUUGGAUCUGAGAGAGAGAGAGAGAGAUACAGGAAAACAGGCCCACAACUGCUCGCAUCCAUCUGAUGGGAACAAUUGAUAGUCCUUAUUAUGCUCGUUUCCUCAAUUAAAGGCUUUUUGCUUACCAAUGCUGAAUGAUAAUCAGACUAGCCCAUUCUAAUUGUGUUCCUAUUUCCCCUGCUUGGUCAUUAGACAUCAGGACAUCCUCUGGAGUGUCCCUUCCUUGCUGGAGUUCAUAUCACACCCUGUCCAUUUGAGCAGUUGUUUGCAGCGUUCAGUGGGCUUAAAAACGUCCUAACUUUCACUCUGUUACAUAUGCAGCUUUCAUGUCCAGCAAGUACACACUACAGUCCCUGCUUUGGUUUGUCGUCGUCCAGCAUUAACAAACACACACACACACACACACACACACACACACACACAUUCUAGAGACAGGCUGCGUUCAGGCCUAUGCACGCUCUUCUUUGUAGUGUUCAGAGUUGGCAUUUAUAGGCAAGUAUUGCUUGUUGUUUAUAUCUGUACUAUCACAGGGGACUUUUCUAUAUGCCACUCGUACGCUAAGGGUGGAUUUUAAAGUUACUUUUUGAAGAUGCUUUAAGUCCAGUAUGUGAUGUUCUUCAUCAGAGGUUAGUAACCAUGAGGAAUUUUUUUUUUUUUAUUAUUAUUUUUUAUAAAAUACCAUUAAACAGUCGUAGAGAAAUUAAAAAAAAAAGAGCAGCCCUUUCGUUUUCUGAACUUUAGACAAAAAAUGGAGAAACCGAGAGGUGUUCAUUCAAGCCAUUGUAGACCCACAUCUUAAAGAUGAAUCAGAAUUGGUGCAGAAAGUGUGCAGUGGGUAAAAUAAGGGUAUAUAGUGUCCCAUCUGCCUCAUCUGGGUAUAUCAAAGCUAAACCAAGCCAACUUCAUGGCAUUCCAGAGCUCAUCUUGCAUCCAUAAUUACACACACACACACACACACACACACACACACACACACACACACAUCGUCGGACAUUUCAGAGGUUUUGCUCAGAAUGAUUUAAAACAUUUUGUACUCAAGCUAAAGACUAUUUUGAAGUUUGCUUUAAUACAGUCAGCAGUGGUUGGCCUGUACCACAAAGACACUAUUUCAAAUGAUGUCUCUGACAGUGGAAUGGUAUUUUAUAAUGUUUUGUUUUUAGAUGAUAAGCUUUUUACACUGAAUUCAAGUGUUUGCUAUCUUGUGUUCCUACCGAAAGUACUAACGUUAAUUCUAUCUUUGCUAUGUUGGAGAGCCCUUGAAGGUUUUGUACUUCUCAAAAUUUUUGUAAUUCUGAUUUAUUUGUAGCUACUUAACACAAAAUGAACAAAAAAAUAUAAAAUCUGGAUUUAAUUGUCAAUGUAUUAUAACACAGAACAUGUAAAUACCAAUUUGCAGAUUUCUUUUUGUUGUGUUGUCUUUGCCCUCACCUAUGUUGUACUCUCUUUCUCUCUCACUCACAUGGUUGCAGCCCGCAGCCUUCUGAUCUGACUGUUGUAAUAUCACUCAGAUUUCAAGGUCUAGAAUAAAAUCUAUUUUGAUAAUA